AUGUACCCAGCCAGGCAUAGCGUGGCCACACGGAUAGUCUUCGCCGUCGAAGCUCGGCCCUUCCGCCUGCCCGUCGCCGCCGGUCACCAGACUCACCACAGCUCCUGCGGCAAGUGGCUCGUCUUCGAGCGUGACGACGGCGCAUACUCGCUGCUGGACCCGUUCUCCGACGCCACGGCACCCGUGGCGCUACUCCCCAGCCUGUCCAGCGUGUGUGUCCGUCACGAGCCCAUCGUGGCCGUGGCCGAGCGGGAGUUGCUGGAGUGCAGGUAUUCGUUGACCCCGCGUGAGAGAGACGCCGAGCCACAGACAGCGGUGUCCUUACUCAAGCUCGUGGUCUGCUCGGCCCGCCUGGUCGCCGCGGUCGUUGGCCAAGGGCGGCACGGCAAGCUCGCGCUGUGCCGGCUGGGCGCUCCUGCGUGGUCGCUGAGCGGCCGAGACCAAUGGAGGCGGCUCAAAGACAUGGCCUUCUACAGGCGCAAGCUGUACGCCGUCGACCAGAACGAAGACCUGCUCGCGGACACCGUCGCUGACGACGGCAGCGACGACGAGCUUCCGACCAUCUCUCGGCUUGACCGCGCCAUAAAGGGCCGUCCCCCGCCGUUGAGCCAGUUUCGCCGCGCCACGCUGCACUACCUCGUCGAGUCCGGCGACGGCGCGCUGCUGAUGGUCCGCAGAGAGAUCUCCCGCGUACGCAUGCAGCGGGCUGCGCCGGUCACGCCGGAAGGCGCAAUGGACGAGGACAUCACCGUGUUCAGGGCUGACUUCGGCAGGUCGAGGUGGAAGGAGGAGAGGGGCGCCCUCGGCGGCGACCAAGCUCUGUUCGUCGGGCGGUGGUGCUCCAGGGCCGUGCGCGUGCCGGACGAGCGCAUGAAGGAGUGGGCGGACCGCAUCUUCUUCCUGCAAGACGGCACAGGCGAGGAGUGGCACGUCAGGCGGUUGCGCUAUUCUGUGAGCGUCUACAUGGUGAAAGGAGGCAACUUCAGUUGGUCCGACCUCCGCGGCCAGAGGGAGGGCGGAGCCGCUCCUGCCGGUGAUGGCGUCGCCGAACGGGGACUGUUAGACUUGUGGUUUGGUGGAAACUGGCUCAACGCAUCUGGUGCGUGGCCUAUCAUUUUAUAUAGGGUAUCAAGAGAUACAAUACAGGUACAAAUACAGUUGUGA